AUGAUCCAGAGCUUGAGGAUACAAACCCCAGAAGUUAAGGUAUGGUUGGCUGAUGACUCAGCUGGGGGAGAAAAGCUGGUGCCAUUGUAUGAUUGGUACAAGCAGUUGACUCUCGAAGGAAAGAAGUAUGGCUAUUUCGUCAAUGGAUCAAAAAGUUGGUUGAUUGUCAAGUCGGAGCUGUUAGCAGAGGAAGCUAAGAAGGUGUUUGGGGAGGAAGUGAAUGUUACAACAGAAGGUCAUAGCCACCUUGGAGCCGUUAUUGGAUCCAAAGAUUAUAAAGACCUGUUUUGGACUUUGUCCAGUUUAUUAUAUAGUUCAUGUUAA